UGUUCGCGCGUUAAAUUACAUCGUAAUUUAUGAUCCUGGGAUUGAAUACUUUACACAGGAUAUGGUGUAUCUUCAAAGAGAAACUUCUUCUUUUGAAACAUGUUUCCCAGUGGAAAAGGAAUGGAUAUUUGUAUGAAUUCAGUGUAUGCUUCCAUCCCUGGAUUACCGGAACUAGGGAUGGUAUGGAUGGGAGAUAUGAUGGUACAUGGAGAACCUACACAUGAGCUUAUGUUGGAUCCACGUCAAGCUGAAAGCCCAUUUUUCUCUCACGGCUCAAAUCCAUAUGAAGACAUUAGGAAUCAUCAAAUCGCACCUACAACUAUGGUACGAUACCUACCACCUCAAUUUCCUAAUGAAUGUUCAGAACCUGAUGAAGCUAUGGAAGCUGUUGAUGCCCAAGAAAUACAACAGGAAUAUGAUUCACAGUCUGAAAGGCAAGAAAUGACUGAAUAUUUAACAUUAGAAGAUUACAUGGGUGAUGAAGAACGGGAGCAAGUUGUAAACAAUGCUGCAACACAAACUACUCAGGACAAUCGUAAUAGGAAAAUAAAACCUAUAAAACAUCCAGGACUAGUUUUGAAGACACCAAUUGCAUAUCAGCCACAUACAGAUUUAAAUUUCAUUCCCAUUCGUAAGGAUGGUAUAGCUGUUUGUGAAAAAUGUGGUGCUAUUGGUGUAAAACAUGCAUUUUAUACAAAAGAACGUCGAUUUUGUAGUAGAGCAUGUGCAAGAUCUUCAGAACAUACAGCCCCUACUGCUGAUUCUACAUAUAGUCCAUCACAUUCAAUAGAGGCACCCGCAUCUGUAAAUUCAACUUCUCCAAAUGAGACUAAAUUAACGAAAAAUGUCUUAGUGAAAGAAGAAACAGAUGUAAAAGAACCUCUUGAACUAGAGAAAGAGAAAACUAUAUCUGAACCAGUAAUGCCAGAGGAUUUACCUGUAAGAAGAAAAAGGACUGCUGAAAUGGCAGGUUCUUAUGAUUGGACUCCACAACUGGUUGAACCUGGCUUUUGUGCUGCUCCAGUAUCUUGUUUUAAACAUGCACCUAUAUCAGAAAUAUGGGAUAAUAUCACAGUUGGUAUGAAAGUAGAAGUGGAAAAUACAGAUUGUGAUGAAGUAUGUGAAGCUUUUCCAGAUUCUUUUUGGGUUGCUACUGUAUUACGUAUAUCUGGCUACAGGGCUUUGUUAAGAUAUGAAGGCUUUGGACUUAAUGCUGAUAAAGAUUUUUGGGUAUCUUUGUGCUCAAAUGAUAUACACCCAGUAGGUUGGUGUGCAACUAUUGGAAAACCUCUUAUUCCACCUAAUACAAUUGCUAAUAAGUACAAAGACUGGAAGGAUUUUCUAAUGAGACGAUUAACAGGUGCAAGAACACUGCCAACUAAUUUUUAUAAUAAAGUUAAUGAUAGUAUGAAGUCACGUUUUAGAUGUGGACUUCAUUUGGAAGUAGUAGAUAAAAAUAGAAUCUCACAAGUAAAAGUAGCAACAAUACAAAAAAUUGUGGGUAAACGAUUACAUGUACGAUAUUAUGACUCACCACCCGAAGACAAUGGUUUUUGGUGCCACGAAGAUUCUCCCCUUAUACACCCCGUUGGCUGGGCGAAACGGGUAGGGCAGACAUUGGAUGCAUAUCCUGAAUAUUUGGAGCGUGUAUCAAAAUCAAAAUUGUGUGAAGACGACGCAACUGAAGAUCUUUUUUAUGUGCCAAAGAACCAUCAUGUACACCUUGGGUACACAUUUAGAGAAGGAAUGAAAAUAGAAGCCAUUGAUCCUCUUAAUCUUUCUGCCAUAUGUGCAGCAACUGUUAUGCAAGUUUUAAAAGAGGAUUAUAUAAUGAUUCGCAUAGAUAGUUAUGAUGAAGAUGCAAGUGGUGCUGAUUGGUUUUGCUAUCAUUCAUGUUCACCUUGUAUUUUUCCUAUUGGAUUUUGUUCUCAACAUGGAUUACCACUUACACCACCAAAGGGCUAUGAUCCUACUACAUUUACAUGGGAUGCAUAUUUAACAGAAACAAAUACUAUACCCGCUCCUGUGCAGUUAUUUAAUAGGGAAAUACCUCAACACGGAUUUAUUGAAGGAAUGAGGCUUGAAGCUGCUGAUUUAAUGGAUCCUAGAUUAGUUUGUGUUGCUACUAUCACUAGGGUGAUUGGAAGGUUAUUAAGAGUACAUUUUGAUGGUUGGGAGGACGAAUAUGAUCAAUGGCUAGAUUGUCAGAGCCCUGACAUUUAUCCAGUUGGAUGGUGUGAUUUGGUUGAUCACAAGUUAGAAGGGCCCCGUGUACUCAAUAAAAACACUAGUCCUACUGUAAAAUCACCAAGAGGCCUUAAACGUAAAGCUAAGAGAAAAUUGAAGAAAAGCAGCAAAGUAUCUUGCGCGAAAAACAUUCUACCUCGGCACAGUGAACGUAUUAGCACGGCUCGUGAGCGCGAACGAGAAGUAGAGCCUGCUCAAGGAAUAAAAAUUGAAAGAGAACGUGACUUGGAAAGUUUACCAGAACAAAGAAAUAGAGAACCAGAACCAGCAGAAGAACCAGCUGGACCUGAUCAAACUUUACCCAGUCCCACUACUGGACAAGGCCAAGCAUUAAACGAUACUCAAAGUGAGAUACAAAGCCCUCCGCCACCAAAAGAAAGAACUGCAACGUCGUACAUUAAUGUGACGUCUGCUUCUAGCAAAUACAUCCCAAGGCUAGCAGAUGGUGUUCAAAAAAGUUCUGAAUCUGGUGAUUUAGUGCCAUCUGAAUGGAAUGUGUUUGAUGUUGCACAAUUCCUUCGUGUUAAUGAUUGUGCAACGUAUUGCGAUAAUUUUAGUAAACGUAAGAUAGAUGGAAAAACUCUGUUGACACUCACUAAGGACCAAAUAAUAGACCUUACAGGUUUUAAAGUUGGGCCUUCUUUAAAAAUAUAUGAUCUUAUUCAACAAUUGAAAAUCAAAGUGAAUCCAGCUCAGGAAAGGUUGAAAUUAGGAUUGAAAAAGUUAUUAUAA